UUACGCAAAGCACACCAGUCCCCAACCGCAAUCCGCAAUUUUGAAUUUGAAUGCAGUUCAGAAUCCGUUGGAUGGAAUCCGUUUUCCGCUGCGAACUCCUGCACUUUUUCUGACUCCUCUUUCUGCAUAGGAAGAAUUUCCACAAUGGUGGCUGAGAAAGUUGUCUGGCCACGAUAUGUUCCAUCCGAACACAAGCCUUCAAUCCUCAGUUUGCAAGGAUCUACUGUUGAACAGGCACCCAUGAUGAAAGCUGCCAUCCAUAUGGCUUUCAGAGAAAACCCCCCGCUGGUGCACUUCUUGCUCCUUCAUGGCAUCUACACCAAUGGGGGAGAAAACAUCCAUGUGCUUAUUGAGCGCGCGUACAAAUUUCUGAUGUCAAAAGGACAAUUUGAGAUUGUGGACGAGCCGGAGGAGGUGCAGAUCAAUCCUGGAGCUGAAAUGAAAACGCCUGGCUUGAACGACCGACAGAGAGCAGUGGCAUUGUCUGCACCCACCCAACUGCAUGGCAGUGUUCUGUUUGGUCUGGCGCGGAUCAAUGGCUUCCGCCCUCCGGCCGGAACCAUCCAGCACAAAAGGCACUGGGCUCGUUUUUUGGAAUCCAAUUUCAUUAGACCUGGAGGCGCUGCAGCUCAUCUUGACCUGCAGGACGUCAUUGAAGCGGAUCAUGACCCAGACCAUGAAGACGAAGGCGCCGCCACAAUCAACGGCGCUGCUGAACAAAAUGCUGACCAACACUUAGAGCUGCCUGAUCUCGAAAACAUGUACCCUGAGGAUCAGCAUCGUGGCCUCGUCAUGGCAGGCAACGAGAGAGACGAGCUCGUCCAGCAUGAAGAGACUGAUGCUCAACUGAAUCUGCAGGGCGUCGAGGCAAAGAGUGACGCUGAACGUCAACCGGACGGAUCCCACCAAGAUCCAGCAGCGGGUGCAGGACAAGGAGUUGCUCAGCUUGUCAUUCUCGAAGGCCACGGAGACGAAGGCGCCGCCACAAUCAACGGCGCUGCUGAACAAAAUGCUGACCAACACUUAGAGCUGCCUGAUCUCGAAAACAUGUACCCUGAGGAUCAGCAUCGUGGCCUCGUCAUGGCAGGCAACGAGAGAGACGAGCUCGUCCAGCAUGAAGAGACUGCUGCUCAACUGAAUCUGCAGGGCGACGAAGCAACGAGUGACGCUGAACGUCAACCGGACGGAUCCCACCAAGAUCCAGCAGCGGGUGCAGGACAAGGAGUUGCUCAGCUUGUCAUUCUCGAAGGCCACGGAGACGAAGGCGCCGCCACAAUCAACGGCGCUGCUGAACAAAAUGCUGACCUACACUUGGAGCCAGCUCAAGUUGCUGUAAAUCCAGGCGUCCAGGUUCAGCAAGUCGAAGCUGGACAUCUUCAGGGUCAAGCUAUUCGUCGAGCAGCUGAUCCGUCUUGGUGGCUCGUCUACAAAUUGAAAGGGUCCCCUGGACUUGAGAAACUUGAAAGCUCUUUCUGUCAGCACGUUGAUGUCUGA